CGCCCCCUGGCGGCGGCUUUGGGGCCUGCCCUUGGCCAUGGCGAUGGCGGCGGCCGCGCGGCUGCUGUGCGGGAGCCGGGUUCUUCUGCUGGGCUGCCCGCGGAGGACGUUCGCCGCUCAGACGCAGGGAGAGCUGAGAGUCGCCCGCCUCCUCCGAGAAAAGUUUCCUCGGGCUGCGGCCAUCAGAGUCGUGGACAUCUCAGGCGGCUGCGGAGCAAUGUACGAAAUCCACAUCGAAUCCGAAGAGUUUAAAGAGAAAAGGACCGUGCAGCAGCACCAGAUGGUCAAUCAGGCACUAAAAGAAGAGAUUAAAGAAAUGCACGGCCUAAGGAUAUUCACGUCUGUCCCGCGGUCCUGAAGACACCCCCCUCACCCCACCCCCACCCCCGCCUCUCCCUCUCCCUCUCCCUCGCCAACCCCAGCCGGUCCCUGCGCGGGUUGAGACAGUUUUCCAAGAUGACCGACGAGCCCAUUUGCCCAGCAGCCCGGAGACUUGUAAUCGCAGAUAGAGAUUUUGGCCGUCGGGAUGCUCGUUCGGUGCAGAGCGACGCCGGAGGUGCGAUUUCUGAAAAGGGUGAUGCUCCUGUUUGCCCUUUUCCCCUCGGAGGGAGACGCCGGACUUUGGUUCUAAAGAAACAGAGAAGGUCGUGGCUCCCGUUCACCCGCGGCCUCGGGUCCCCCCGUCUCCCUUCCGCCGUCGGGGUUUGCUAGCGCUCUGCGCGCGGUCAGCGUUCAGUAAAUACCGUUGCUGCCUCGACGGACUGGUAGAGAUGGGGUGACCGGUCACCUUUCGGCCUCUAUGACUUGGGGAGGUUUUUUUUUUUCAUUCUUUAUUUAAGAUCGGCAGCGGAGUAAGAGGAAAUAAAAAUCCGAGCUUGUGACGUCCAA